CAGCAACGCCACCCGCCUCCGCCCUCCUGCUGUUGCUGUGCCGACUUGAGGGGAGCGGAGUGGCUCGUCGCGCGGCCGCAGGGACCCGCGAGGCUUUUUUUUUUUUCUUCCUCUUUUCCUUCCUUCCUUCCUUCGCUUCGCGGCCGCCUCUUCUUCCUCCGCCUUCCUCCUCCUCCUCCUCCUCGUCGUCCCUCCCCUCCCCUCUUCCCCGCCGCCGCCGCCAUCUUCCUCUUCCCUGCUCGGGCACCCCGCCGCAGUCGCAGCCGUCGUCAGGUUUCAUCUCUCGUUAAAAUGUCGAACGGUUAUGAAGACCACAUGGCGGACGACUGCCGGGACGACAUCGGGAGGACAAAUUUAAUCGUUAACUACCUUCCUCAGAACAUGACCCAGGAUGAGUUGCGGAGCCUGUUUAGCAGCAUAGGGGAGGUGGAGUCCGCCAAGCUUAUUCGCGACAAAGUGGCAGGACACAGCUUGGGUUACGGUUUUGUGAACUACGUGACCGCAAAAGAUGCCGAAAGAGCAAUCAACACCCUGAACGGCCUGAGACUUCAGUCCAAAACUAUCAAGGUGUCGUAUGCUCGCCCAAGCUCCGAGGUGAUUAAAGAUGCCAACUUAUACAUAAGUGGGCUGCCACGGACCAUGACACAGAAAGAUGUGGAAGACAUGUUUUCACGGUUUGGACGCAUUAUCAACUCGCGUGUGCUGGUGGAUCAGACUACAGGCUUAUCCCGAGGGGUUGCCUUCAUCCGGUUUGACAAACGAUCCGAAGCGGAGGAAGCGAUUUCAAACUUCAACGGCCACAAGCCGCCGGGCUCCUCCGAACCCAUCACGGUGAAGUUCGCAGCCAACCCCAACCAGAACAAAAACGUGGCUCUCCUGUCCCAGCUCUACCACUCCCCAGCUAGACGGUUUGGGGGGCCAGUCCAUCACCAGGCUCAGAGAUUCAGGUUCUCUCCUAUGGGUGUAGAUCACAUGAGUGGGCUUUCUGGUGUAAAUGUCCCAGGAAACUCUUCGGGCUGGUGUAUCUUCAUCUACAACCUGGGCCAAGAUGCCGAUGAGGGAAUCCUCUGGCAGAUGUUUGGCCCCUUUGGCGCGGUGACUAAUGUGAAAGUCAUCCGCGACUUCAACACCAACAAGUGUAAAGGCUUUGGCUUUGUGACAAUGACAAACUAUGAAGAAGCCGCCAUGGCCAUAGCGAGUCUUAACGGCUACCGGCUGGGGGACAAACUCUUGCAGGUUUCCUUCAAAACCAACAAGUCCCACAAAUAACUUCUUCGCUCGUGGCUUCUCCUCCUCCUCCUCCUCCUCCUCCUCCUCCUCCUCCUCCUCCUCCUCUUUUUUUUUUUUUUUGUAUGGAAUAGAUAAUUGAGUGACGAAAAAGUUUGAACCUUUUUUUUUUGGUGGUUGUUUUCGUUAGUGUACAACUCAAUUUUUUUUUUUCUUUUGGGCGCGCCAAUUUUCGCAAAAAAGUUGUUUGUCUUUAGUCUAAAUGAAAAGGGGAGAAGGGGUCUUCUGCUCUGGGAUGCCACCAAUAUGUUCAAAUGUUUUGGGUUUUUAAAAGUCCCGUAAUGGUUCUACUUUUUUUUUUUUUUAAAAAAAGUUUCUUUUAAAGUAGUCCUGUUUUCGCAAAAUCUCCCUUUGGACCCCAACAUCUUAGUUAAUGAAACCAUUUGCACCCGGUGCCAGUGAAACUGUCGGACAUCUGCUCCCUUUAAUUUCACUGAAUAGAGUUUGCCAAGGUAGGACCUCGGCCAAAAUCCUGUUGACCCCAGUACUUUUCAGCAAUGCUCUUAGUUAAUAACAAGUUCCCUUUUAGCAAGAGAUUUGCUUGUGAAAAAUUAACUGGUGAAAAAAAUGACUAAAAGGAAGCCUGGAGAAUAACGAAAUGCCACAACGUCGACUGUGUUUGUCACUCAGUAGACAAAACCCAAACUGGGAAAUAAAAAAAUUAACUUUUUUACAGUUCGUUUCCCUCCCCCCUUUAAAAGCCCAGUUUCCGUAAAAAGGACCAAAGUGUUUUGAGAAAACUCUGGGGUGAUUUCAAGAAUAAAAGAAAGGGGAAAAAAAAAAUAUCCAGUUCCCAACAUUGCCACUUCCUCUAAAUUCUUACCUUCCAAUUAUUGUGUUUUCUGUGCAUUGCUUUCUGGUAAAAGAAACGUGGCAAUCUCCUCUUGACAUAUUUUUAGUUGGAAUAACCGAAUCCCCUUGCGAAGGUCUGACAAACAUUUGAGCAUUAUAAUUUUUUGCAUCCCUUCUCAUAAUUACUAGAAAUUUUUUUUUCGUAUUUUAAUAGUGAAUUUUGUUUUGACAAAUAGCUUUUACCGAUUGAACGCUCAGCAGAAAAGGUACAUUAAAACUUGCAAGUUUGAGAUUAAAGAGACAUAUUUUUUUUAUUUUUUUGUUUUGGUUAGAUUUCAAUGUUUUAAUUAAUUAAUCCCCCAGCGUUUACUUCAGGCUGCCUUUAAUCUUUUGAGUUCUGUUUUCUGUUAAUUUUCUUUUGCUUUUUUGUGUUUUCGUUUGUUUUUACUUUUGCAUUUAAGACCAAUUAAAUUUGAUUUGGUUUUGCUGAAAUUUUGUUUUGGUUUGUUGUUUUAAGUUUUUCUCCCUUCCUUGCCAUGUUACACAGUACCCAACAGUGAACGAUGACAUCGGCCCUUUUCCGAAUAAUUGGGGGAUUUUAAAAUGACAAGAAUCAACCGAUUGGUAGGAGGUCAGGAGCUUAACCAAUGAAAGCACUUGCAGUCACUUCCAACAACAACACGGCGAGCGUUGAAGUGGCUUGGAAAGCAUUUACAGCUGAAGCAGGAUCUAGUUGGCUAGAUCCGUAAGGUUUAUAAACCAAGCGGUACUUUUGGGUGAAGAGAAACCUAUCUAAUUCUAAAUUAGAUUUAAGCCUGUUGCACGUUACCUCUGGCAAUCUCUCUCGUGUAAGUCGGUGGAGAGGCAGGGCUGAUUCUGUUUUGGACCUGCGAUGUUGCCGGUUUCUUUCUGUUUGUGAGCCUCCUUGCACAGGACCCUUCCGGCUACAUCGUCAUCUUUCCGCCAGUGUUCAAAAUCUAGAAUUUGGUGGAUUCGAGCAACACUUAACGGAGACUUAGAGAAGCGUGUCGAAGUCUCCCAGGCAGCUGAAGUGCACCCCACACCGUCCUGGUGGGGGAAAGACCCACCCAUGAAAACGGUGACCGUGGGUGGCUUCCCUCGCAGUCCUUCACGCAGCCUUUAGCCUUCACGGUGUGUCUGAGAUACAUAACAAUUUUUCUUCUCUUUUUUUAUUUUUGGGGUGACUGGAGGAAAAGCGCCCCGUCCGAAGAGUUUUUACUCACCACGCAAAGCCGCUGCGUCCAUUGUGAAUCCUGAUCUUGAGUCUCUUUGGCGAAGGAACGCCAUUCCAGAAAUAUCUGCUUUGCCUCAUGCUUUUUUGAUGGCACCUUUAUUUGAGAAUUAAGAUGGAUCCCUUUUACAAGCGGGGUUCUCGGCCCCAAGAUUAUACACGGCCCUACUUGAAAAAAAACAACAACAACAGCUAAAUAGAUAGUCUCUUUGGAGGUUAUUGCUGUCUUAGCUGCCGUCACAAUUUGGGUUGUCAAGUGAUUUGUGACAACAGUUCGGAAAACCUUGCUUAAUAAUGCUGCCUUUGUUCUGUGGUUCUUCCAAAAUCUUAAUUCCUGGACAGCCCUAGGUGUUUUUUUUUUGUUUUUUGUUUUUUUUUUAGUUUGGCCUGAUCAAGUUUACACCAGAGCCUGGCAAGGUUUACUUUCCUUGUCAUUUGCAAUGUUGAUCACAGAAUUUCCACGUUACCUCUUUGAGUGUUUUCCAUGGCGAGGUGAAUCGCUCAUCGUUUUCCUGUUUCUGGUCAAAUUAACAUCAUGUAAAUCUUUGACAUUCCACUUGGAAUUAACCUGGUACCGUGUUCAAAAUAACAUUUCCAGUCAUUGGGCGUUAACGCCCAACUGCCAUUUUGACAAAAUCGGGUUGCCGAAGAGACCGCUGUCCAGCGCCUGGAGACUCCCAAGAUAUAUUUCCCCCCCUUUUACAGCUUCCAUUAAUCUCUUUUUCUGUUGGGUGAUUCUUUUGACGUAGCCUGACAUCUCGGGUUUUUUUUUUUUUGAAGCCGUAUAGAACAUUCCUUUGGUGUGUUUUUUUUUUAAAUGCACAAAACAGUCUUGAUUAUAAAUACGUCGAUGGAGAUUAUAAGGCAUGGCUAACCUCGAUCACAAAGCAUUUCUUUUACGGUCCCUGUUUCACUCCUUUUGUCGCUCUUCAUUCUCAUUUUAAAAGCAGCUUCCACCACAUGGCCCGUAAGACCUUCCAGACGUGACACACGAUUCCUUUCUAAUUCAUUGGCCGUACGUUACAGAUGUUGACUCUGGAUACAGAGGAUAAUCUGCCCUCUCUACUGGAAGGGCGGGUGUAGGUACAUCCUUUUUCCUCUCAUUGCUAUUUUUUCUCUGCUAUUUUGUCAAGUAAAACAUGCCUCCGCUCAUCGGUCACAUCGGUUUGGCCAGCUUCUGUAAGAAGAAAUAUAGCAGAUUUCUUUGGGCAAAUACAACCAGUAGCACAGGGGGUCUUAUUCUAGGGGUUUAUUGCCAUUUCUCUGGCUGUUGUUACUAGGAUUCACCCAGUCUUCCAUCUUCCCUUGAGUCUUGCUCUCCAAUCGCCGCCAUCUUCCCUAAUCUGCUUUUGGGAGUUCUGGUUAGGAGUCCCGCUAAGCUAACGGCACGGGACGAGAACGUAUUAAAACUUUUUUUUACACGUGAGGGAAAGGAUUCUGGUGUCACCGUUGGGAGUCAAAAGCCCUAAGUCACGAAAAAAACCGCCGGGACCAUUUUCUCUUGCUACACAUUCCCUUUAAAAUUCCCAUUUGAUCAGAUAACGAUUUAAAAACAAAACCAAAACAAGCGUUUGGAAGGAAUUAAGGCCAUUCUUAAAAGAUGCAUCUCAAGGGGCUGGGAGUUGGAUUUGAUUAGCCUUUUUCUCUCGUUGCUUCUCCGGUUUCCGAAUGAAAUUUUCCUUUGAGUGGCCUAAGAUGGCCUUGUCGUCGCCUACUUUCAAAAAGUUGUUUUAAAAUAAGGAUUUUGGGGGGGGGGUCUUUCCGCCCGUCUGGGAAAAAAAGGUGAAACAGCAAUAUGCAUACAGUAUGUAUAAAAUGAAAAUGGGUUUUUUUUUUUUUUUUUAGUCUGAGGUGACAGUAAUGGAAAGAAUUAAUCCUUGCUGCUGGUAAUUGGACAGUUUGUGGUACCCUAGGAUUAAAGUACCAAGAUAUAUUCUAGGCUAAAUGCUUAUCGUAUUCCAGAGAAUUGCCAAACUCUGCCAGGGCAGUUGAACACCUUCUCUGCUUCAUCCAUAUACCUUCUUUGCGGUUUUGUGCCAAUUUUUUUUUGAGGGGACAAAGUUAGCAGAAAAAAGCUAUUCACGCGAGAAACAUUUUUUUUUUACAUUUAGCGGUGCAAGUCCUUUUACGGAUUAGGCUGAAUGUCUUAUUCCCCCCGCCCCCCCAAUUCUUUAAAACUCUAUUUACAAAGGUAUAUCUUCUUGAUCGAAGUAGACUUGAUUUUUUUUUUUAAAAAAAAAUCUGAUUAGAUUUUUUUAGGUCACUUUUUGGGGGAGAGAGAAAUGAUUUGUCUAUAAAUUUGCAGAAAUGAUUUCCAAUUUGUCAGAAUCCAAAAUUCCUUUUUUUUUUUUAAAAAAAAUUUUUUUUGUUUGUUUAAAAAUCCAGGAUUGUUCCCCUUCACCCAAAUGUUUCAUGGAGAUGUAAUUGUUUGCUCUCGUAAGCCGAGCACACGUUUUCCCUUCCCAAGCGAAAAAGGAUGAUGGGGUUUUGGUCUGCCAAAGUUUAACUCAACAAUGAGUAAAUUUUGCAGUUCUCAUACUGACAUAGCCACUGCUUUGUGAGGAUCAAUAUCUCCCUUCUGGCUGGAAAUAAAUUUGCUGAGAAUUAUGCAUGCUGAUAUUAAAUGUGGGCCGUUUUGUUUUCCAGUGUAUUAAAUCCAAUUUAGGAGAAAGGAUUGCCAGCAGACUUCAUGCUUCCUAUAAUUCAGGGUGCAUCUUUUUUUUAAAUAAAUCUCGUAAGCUAGCCCAUCAGUUCUCAAAACAGGAAGCUCUUUUGCAUAUUUUUUUUUUUUUAAAUGAACAAAUGGACCUUAUUUUUGUUUUCAAGAAAGGAAAGUUUUAUAUCCUCCCCGUCUACCAAACAUUUAGUUCUUGGCUAUGUUUCUGUGAAGACAGCUGUCUCAAACUCUACUGAACUUGAGAAUCCCCUUGAAGGAUUUUUUUUUCCCCCAAGAUAAUGUGCUUCUGGCAAUUUUAGGGAGUCAAAAUCAAUUUUUUGCAUUUGGUAAAAAAUGUGGAGCUUUCUUCUCCCUUGCAUUUGAAAGUUCAUGCGUUUUCUGAUCUGUAUUCUAUUUCCUUUAUAUAUAUAUAUAUAUAUAUAAAUAUAUUUUUAAAAGGGUAUUUGGUGUAAUGUGCAGGUUAUAACAAUCAGUAGCUAUUUUAGUUCAGUUUUUUUUUUUAAAUCAGAUACAUUAUACAGUUUGGCUGCUUAUUUGUAGCAUUCUUGUCUAACGGAGUUAUCCAGGUUGAGAAUAAGUUAGUUGUGUUAUUUUCCCAGUGCAUGGUUUAAAAAUAAACAGAAAACACAGUUCAGUGGGACACCCAGCAUCACACAGUGAGUAGCUUGUGUCGGCUGCCUUCCCUUCCCACAGCCCAAAAGCUUCCCAAAGCAGGUUUGCUGGCAUUUUUAUGGGAGGUGGAGGGUUGUUUUUUUUGGGGGGGGGGAGGUUGGGUGUUUUUUUUUUUAAAUGUAGUAUAAACUGAAUUUUCUCUUAUUUUGUCAGACGGUAGGAAACCCCUAACAAGAGUAUAACUGCCACCAAGUCUCUUUUCGCUUAAUUGUGUAUCGAGUUCUGCAAACGAGUUAAAGCUCUCCGCAGAGUUUUUGCUUUCUUGUUUUUUUGUUUGUUUGUUUUAAAUUAAAUCACUUCACCACAAAGGGACCUCUCUUUCCCCCCCCUCCCCCAAGACCCCAUUUCAGAAGAAUUGAAAGGAAACUUUGACGUUGAGGCACAUUUUGUUUGACCCACACUUCUGACAGGACCGAGGGGGGGUUUUGGCCCUAGCUUCGGUGGGAUACAAAUGACACCCAUCUUUAGUCUCACUUGGCUUCCCUUUUAACUGGUGUAAACCCCCCCCUUUUUUUCUCUCUUCUUCUUCUUUUUUUUUUUAUAAAGCCAUCUGUCUGUGCAACGGAAGGCUUUUAUCGGUUCUCCCGUACUGUUACAGUAUAUAUGCUUAAAAGACAACUUUUUUUGUAUGUUUAGCGUGUUUUUAAGUUAUUGAUUUUGUUUUAUAUCGAAAUAAUUUAUUUUUCAGGAACCACUUUUUUCAUUUUAACUUUGUUUUUAACAUGGGUUUACUUUAAAUAAAGUAUGACGCUGCUAUC